AUGCAGCGCCCGAAGUGCGACCCCGAGAUGAUACAGGUUUCUAAGGGGAACAUCUUGACACAACCCCAAGCUGCUGCGGUGGACUGGUUCCUCCAGCUGUUGCCAUCUGGCUUACUGCAUCCUCUGCGUUCCCAUGAGUCUCCUCCUGAUGCGUCUGGAUUUACUGGUGGCUCUGCUAAAGGCACAGAUCCGAACCCAGAAGUGGUCAAUGACCACUCCGCGAGAGAGUGCAAACGGGGAGAUUCACUUUAUGUAGAGUGUGUGUCAGCAUUCUGGAAGGUUCUUUUUGAGCCGCCUCUGAAUUCGAACUCCCCUGAGCAGCGUGUUGCUUCAUUUUGGUUCCCUGGGAGCUGGUGCUCCUGGGUAGGAGCACUGCAGCAUGGGCCCGAUGACUCAAACUACACAAGAGACAAAAAAGAGGCUAUUAUGGCGAGAGGGGACACUCUGGCCAUGCAGGUGACCUCCGAGAAUCUCUGUCCUGCCAACGAGUUCUUGGAGAAAGGAAAACCAGCUGCCAGGAGAGGGCAACCCAAAGGCAAGACCCGAGACAUACAGAGCAAUAAGGAACAAGGACAGACGCUGCAAGGCCCCUCCGCUCCCCUCUGGCAACAACUGGGGAAGCAGCAGCGUCGUCAUCAGGAACUUUUGAUUAAGGAACGGCAGAAACAGCAACGUCCGGAGGAGCUUUCCUUUGGGCCAGCUGCAUCGUGGGCCUUCCUUACGAAUUUCUGUCAGUUUAUAUUUGGCUCCUGUUUUGGACAUCAAACGCUUCUGCAUCACGAGGGCCUCCAAGGACCAGAACAGUCACAAGAAAAUGAAGACACUGCAGCGCUUGAGUCAUGCAAAGGGACUAUGUGGAGCGAUACUAAUUUGCAGCUCGUCUGCGGCACCCGUUGCCGCAGCUUGAGGAGGGUGAAGGACGAAGGCCGUCAAGUCUGGAUGGAGUAUCAGGAAGUAACGCUACUCGACAACUCUCGACGGUUCCAGUGGGUAGAGUUGACGGAAAACGGCACGGGUGCAACUGAGUGA